AUGAGGAGAAGAAAAUCCAAAUCCAAUAUGGAUGACAAGUUCACAAACGACAUCAUGGAAGAAUGGGAAAUGGACGAUGACAUGGCAUUUAUAGAUGACGGGCGAAAGAAGGCGGCAAUGGGUGGAAAGAGGGGUUCAAGUAGUGGCGGUCCCACACAACCAGUUUGCCAGGUGGCAAAUUGCACAACCGAUAUGACAAGAUCCAAAGCGUAUCACCGGAGGCAUAAAGUAUGUGAGGUUCAUGCAAAGGCUCCGAUUGUUGUUAUUGGUGGACGUCAACAACGAUUCUGUCAGCAAUGCAGCAGGUAA